AUGGCUGCUUCUUUGUCUACAAGAGUUAUGAAGGGAAUCGCUAACCUCCAAGCUGUUCGUUCCACCAGAUUGGCAACUGCAUCAGUUUAUCAAAAUGGGUUUAUGAGAUACUCAUCUACAGUGCCUAGUGAUUCAGACACACAUGAUGAUUUCAAGCCUACACAGAAAGUCCCUUCUGGUUCUACGGACUCACUCAAGGACAUUGUUGAGAAUGACGUGAAGGAAAAUCCUGUUAUGAUAUACAUGAAAGGAAUCCCUGAAUCUCCUCAGUGUGGGUUUAGCUCACUAGCCGUAAGAGUUUUGCAACACUAUAAUGUUCCUAUCAGUUCUAGAAACAUUCUAGAAGAUCAAGAGUUGAAAAACGCCGUGAAAUCCUUCAGCCAUUGGCCUACAUUUCCACAGAUCUUCAUCAAGGGAGAGUUUAUCGGCGGGUCAGACAUCAUUCUUAACAUGCACAAGGAAGGUGAGUUAGAGGGGAAGCUUAAAGAUGUCACCGGAAGCCAAAAGUCACAAUAA